CCAUUAUCCAUCCACCCCCGUCAAAAAGAAAUUCCAAUUUCGCCUCGACUCCACCGGAAAAGCGGCGACCCCAGAAUACGGGAGGCCUCGCUUCUCUCUUCCCCGUUCGAAAAGCCAUUCGCCGAGGGAGCGGAAAGGGGGAGAUCGAUGGCGACUUGCUCUCGCGCGCUCUUCGUCUCCGCAUCCGCCGCGUCCUCCGCCUCGCCGUCGCGGGCUUCCCUUCGCCGCCUUCACACGGUAGCAGUUGUAUCUAUUUGGGAACCUCAUCCACCUCUGCGCGGUGCAGCCUGCUGUUUUGCUCAAACGAAGCAAUGCUGUAGGAGAUCCAUCAAAUGUUUAGCGAGUGGACCGUCAGUCUCCAGAUUGACACGGCCAAUAAAGAGAAUACUGUCUCGUUACUCCUCACUGAUGACUGUCUUGCACAGCAAUAUCAACCGAUGUUAUCAGGCCAUGAGUGCAUUGCACCAGGAUGGAGCAUCCAAGAACUUUUUGUCUGUUGGUUUUGGCCGCGUGGUUUUAGGGGUGGUGCUCGUCAUGUCCAUCUCGGCAGCUUCUUAUACAACACCUUCGUCUUCGGCUCUUACAGAGGAAAACUUGCUUUUCCUGGAGGCUUGGCGCGCGGUUGAUCGAGCUUACUAUGACAAAACAUUCAAUGGGCAAAGUUGGUUUAGAUACCGUGAAAAUGCCCUUCGCAAUGAACCAAUGAAUACAAGGGAAGAGACAUAUGCAGCAAUCAAGAAAAUGCUUUCAACAUUGGAUGAUCCAUUCACUCGUUUCUUGGAACCUGAGAAAUUGAAGAGCUUGCGGUCUGGUACGCAAGGCGCACUAACGGGUGUAGGUCUAUCGAUUAGUUACCCAAUGGCAAUUAAUGGAUCACCUACAGGAGUUGCUGUAAUGACAGCCACCCCAGGUGGUCCUGCAGAAAAGGCUGGCAUUCUUCCUGGAGACAUCAUUUUGGCAAUUGACAACAGAAGCACUGAAGACAUGGAUAUAUAUGAUGCUGCAGAACGCUUACAGGGCCCUGAAGGAAGUUCAGUAGAUUUGUCUAUUCGUAGUGGGGCCAAUACCAGGCAUAUCGUUCUAACGAGACAAACAGUCACUUUAAACCCAGUGAGGUCGAGGAUGUGUGAGAUUCCAGGUGCAAAAGAUAGCUCAAAGAUCGGUUACAUCAAAUUGACAACAUUUAACCAGAAUGCUGCAGAAUCUGUUAAGGAGGCCAUUAAGACAUUAAGGGACAACAAUGUUAAAUCCUUUGUGUUGGAUCUGCGGAAUAACAGUGGUGGCCUCUUUCCUGAAGGAAUUCAAAUUGCAAAGAUUUGGAUGGACAAGGGAGUUAUUGUAUAUAUAUGCGAUAGCCAAGGUGUCCGUGAUAUUUAUGAGGCAGAUGGAGCUGAUACAAUUGCUGCAUCGGAACCUUUGGUUGUGCUGGUAAAUAAAGGAACUGCAAGUGCAAGUGAGAUCCUUGCUGGAGCACUGAAAGACAAUAAAAGGGCAGUGGUAUAUGGGGAACCAACAUACGGAAAAGGGAAGAUUCAGUCGGUUUUUGGAUUAUCUGAUGGGUCUGGCUUAGCUGUGACUGUAGCACGCUAUGAAACUCCUGCGCAUACCGACAUUGACAAGGUUGGUGUGAUCCCAGACCGACCACUGCCAGCGUCAUUCCCUACAGAUGAAGAUGGCUUCUGCAGCUGCCUUAGGGAUUCGACGGCUCCUUGCAAUCUGAAUGCCGCACAGUUGUUCGCAAGAUCAUGACCAGGCCCUUCUCUCAACAUUUUGGGUUGGAUGGGUUGUACAGAUGAGCAUUGUGCUUCCUAUGGUUUUGCGUGGCCAUGCUGGCUUAGCAUCCGUAAUUCAUUUCAUUAACAUUGAUUUUGGUUCCAAUUUCGUUGCAUGUGUAAAAUGAAAAGUACAGCUUCUGGGUGAAGCCGUGGUUGUCAUGAACAGAUCCUAACCGCAACAAUUUUGAAUGGAAGCACUGCCAAACUCUGCUAUUUCGGCUU